UACGCUUUGAGUACAGACUUCUACGCCUAAGAACUUGCUUUAUUCCGAUGUUGUAAAAGUAGUACAGUAGGCAGUCUUCUUUAUAGGAUAAUGCCGUUAUUACUGGCCAUGGACAGACAUAAUAAGUGGUUUCCCAAUCUGCAUAAUUCCACAAGAUCAGCUUUAUUGACUCUCCAGCUUAUGACAUUUACUAGCCAGUUCAAUCUUCAUUAGUGUCCGAGGUGGCUUAGCGCACAGACAGUGAGUUCAAUCAUAUUUGCCAUUCUCAGCUUGCCUUGAAAAGGACUUAAAAAUCGUGUCCAGAUUAAAAGCAAACUACAACGCUUUCCUUCUUUCAUUUAAUUAAAGAGUAUGGUAGGUAUCAUGUCACUUGGAAAAUUAUAAGCACUUGCCACAAAGUCUUUAAUUUAUCGAGCUUUCACAUAUUUGUCUCGGUGAUUUCAGUGCCUGUCAAUGGCAGGCCACAAGCCCUAGUCAUCACUGACAGUCUAGGUGACUGUAAAAUAACAGGUCUUUAUGCGUCAUUGGCCAUACCACGUUCGACAAACUCCAAACAAACAGCGCCGGGUGUUCCGGGAACGGCGCACGUUAUAACAGUGCGGACUGGCCGUGCCGGUGCCGGUUCUGCUGGGAGUAUCGACUGUCCCGGCGCGGGCGGCGACUGCCUGAGGUCUGUGGCCGCUGCCACUGUGUUGUCGCCGUCGGCAGCCAGGUGAUGGGAUCGAUCGGACGUGCCCGCCGCCGGCCGCUGCCGGCCACAGUGGAGGUCGGGAGUCGACCGUCGCCGGGUCGUCCCCACCCAGUGACCGACGGACGGUGUAAGUCGGUGCUUAGCGCCGGACUUAACGUGUAAGUCCGCGCUUAUCGUGAGACUCGCCGUCUGUGUCCGUCCCGUGCACACCAGCGUGACGCUGCGGCAGCCAGUUGACGUCGUGACCUGCAGAGUGCUGAGAGCCGGUUUGCUGGACGGGAGACGUAGUGAGGAUAACGCUUCGUGCUUCUCAGCAGUAUCGGCAGCUCUUCGCAACACAAUCAAAGUGCUGACCUUGUGUUGACCUUUUACGAAAGCGUUUACGAGAGACAUUCAGUUGUUGGCAAGUCAAACGACAACGCAAAUCAAUUGAUAGGUGAGAAGACCCGCAAAUCUCAAACAACAUCGGACAGUACUGGGAGCGGUGAAGUUCUUCGUCAAUCAAGUAUUUCACGCGCUUUUUGUUUUACCGUGGAUGACAUUCAAGUUCACUGUUCAGUGUUAAAACCCAGUUUUCUUAUUUUGAAAUGAGCGAGUGCUCGACGUUCCAGCCAUAAAAGCCAAAUAGAAAACAACGUGGGGUGCCGUGUUCACCCGAUUCCGUGUUCAUUUAGACGUUCCUACGCGAUGCAGAUGAUGGACCUUGAUGACGGCUCUCCAGCAGCGCCGGUACGUCCGCCCACAUUCGCCGAGUGUUACGUGUGUCACAAGCAGUUCGGCUCGCGCUCCAUCGCGCUGCACGAGCCCAAAUGUCUGGAGAAGUGGCGGGCGGCCAACGGGGCGCUGCCGGCCGGCCGGCGCGCCGCCACUCCGGUCCGUCUGGAGGCGCUGCCCGUGCGCCGCGCGCCGCCUCAGCCGGCCGCCUCUGUGGCGUCACUCACCGCCUCCUGGCCCUCCAGCAACGGCCUGCUGAAGGCGGCGCUGGCGGCUGGGCCGGCGGCGGGCGCGCCGGGGCGGCUCAGCACCCCGGGCGGGGGCCGCGCCGCCCGGCCGCAGACGACCACCCUGAGCCGGCCCAAGGUGCUGGCCGCCGAGCACGCCGCUCAGGUGGACAUGUCGGCACACCGCUGCAGCGAGCUGCUGGCGCUCACCUCGCUGUCGGGCGCCGAGCGGCCGGCGGGCUCCUCCUCCGGCUCCAGCUCCACCAGCUCCUCCUCCUCCUCCUCGAAGUCCUCCAGCUCCUCCGGCGCGUCAUCCAGCUCGUCACCUGUCUCUGAUGACGUCAGCGAGUCGUCCAGCAGCCGGGCGGCCCGGCCGGGCACCAUGCGUCUCGCAGUCGGACCGCGCGAGCUGCACGUGCCCAACAUCGAGCAGCGCGCGCGGACGGCCGUUCUCUCGCCCGGCCGGUCGAGCAGCCACAGCCGCUCGCCGCCGGCGGUGCCGCGGUACCGGGACGGCAUGCCCUCUCCCUGCGUCACCUGCGGCAAGACCGAGAACCCGGAGCGCUUCCACAGCCACCCGGAGGAGGGCCAGCGGGAGCCGGCGCGCGCCGCGCCGCGCCGCUUCUUCAGGAGACGGCACUCCAUCCAGAAACCGGUGCCGGUGCGGUUUCACGCGCAGCCGUCGCUCGACCCGGCCGCCAAGCGGAAGCAGCAGCAGCGCGACAAGAAGCGAGCGCAGCAGCGUCAGCAGCAGGAGGACGAGGCGCAGCAGCGGCUGCGCGAGGAGGAGCAGCAGCGGCACCUGGCCGAGACGCUGGCGCGCUACGGCCGGCCCGCCGCCGGACCCACGUUCGUCGUCUGCUACGUGUGCGGGCGGCAGUUCGGGGCAAACUCGCUGCCCAUCCAUCAGCCUCAGUGUCUGGAGCGAUGGUUCAAGUCCAACACGGCGCUGCCCAGAAGGAAGAGAGGGCCCGCGCCGCAGCCUCCCGACCACCUGCCUGAAGGCACCCCCAUCGACGAGUACAACCGGCUGGCCACUCUGGAGGCUCAGAGGGUGAGUGGAGAACAGCAAGAGCAGAACCAGAAGAGGACUCCGGUACCGAGCACUACCCCGACGCCUCCGGUCUCUAAGGCAGACGAGAGCUUAUUUUUCAUCGAGUUUUGAGUGUUGAAAAUGUGAUGUCUCAACAAGUACCUUAUCGUUGAAUGGCGGUGUUAAAUAAAAUAAACAUAAUAUAACAGCUACACCAUGUGUAGUUAGCUAAUAAUUGUAUGAUUUGACAACGUAUGAAUGCCUAGUGUAAUAAAAUGAUGUGCUCAAGGCUUGGAACCUACAUGAUAAUGCUUUAUCGCACAACAAACGCGCCCUAGCGCUCAACCAGUGAAAUAUGGAAACAACCGAUGGCACAA